AUGCUGAACACUACGAUUGACUCUGUGAAUACGCUACGAACCAGGCUCAAGACAACGCCUACAAUGAAGUCGGUUCGCUUCCACGGUCCUGGCGAUAUCCGAAUUGAGGAAAUUGACGAGCCAACUUGUGGCAAGGGCCAGGUCAAGUUGCGGCCGGCCUUCGUGGGGAUAUGUGGCAGUGAUCUUCAUGAGUAUAGAGCCGGCCCCGUUCUUAUCCCAAAGGAGCCACAUAAGAUUACGGGGACUUCUUAUCCUGUGACAUUGGGUCAUGAGUUCGCCGGAGUCAUUGAAGAAGUCGGCGAAGGGGUAACGCAUCUAUCACCUGGACAGCGAGCAGUGCACACCGUGGCGCCCGCUGAGCACUUUCCGCUUCCUGAUGAUGUGUCUCUCGAGGCAGCAGCGCUGAUCGAGCCGCUGGCCGUUGCAUGGCAUGCCGUCAACCUAUCCCCCUUCAAGGGAGGGAAUAACGUCAUGGUUGUUGGAGGAGGUCCAAUUGGGAUUGGAAUUGUACAAAUCCUGAAGCUUCAGGGAGCCAAGAAGAUCAUGGUAGCCGAACUACUCGACAACCGCAAGAGGUUCGCCCUCGAGUAUGGAGCCACGGAAAUUAUCGACCCUCGCACAUGCGAUGUACCGGAGAAAGUGCGGGAGUUGACAAAUGGCGUGGGUGCGGAUGUCAUCUUCGACACUGCAGGAGUGGAAGUCGCCUUGAAUGGAGCCAUCUCUGCAUGCCGUGUCCACGGCACUAUCGUGAACAUCGCCGUCUGGGAGAAACGGCCUUCUAUACGCGUAAACGAGUUGAUGUACCAUGAAGUUAACUACACCGGCGCAGCGCUGUACGAUGAGAGCGCUUUUCGAAAUGUGAUCCAAGCACUGAACUACGGUCAAUUGAAACCCGAAGGGAUGAUCACAGCAAAGGUAACAAUGGACGAGGUUGUCGAAAAGGGCUUCAAAACGCUUCUUGAAGAUCGUGGUGAGCAUUGCAAGAUCCUGGUCGAUGUGCAGGCAUCAUGA